UAUCAGCUUCCAAGAUAGCAGGUGUUUUCACUCGAUUUUUUUUGUGUUCGUCUUUUGCAACUACGAAACAUUUCAAUUUCAUUUUUUAUGACAAAGAACGAAAAAAAACAAAUAAUAUUACAAAAUGAAAUGGAAAUAAUUACGAAAAAACGUAAAAUAAAAAGAAAAUUUAAUGGAAAAAUAAUACAAAAAUUAUUACACAUAAUUAAUUAAAAUAAAAGGUGUUUUGGUGUAAUACCUCCAUAAAUUCUUAAAAAAAAAAUAAAUAAAAAAUAUAAAAUAAUUACCUUUACCAGUUUCUAUAAUAAAUAUUUAAUGAUUUAAAUACAAAAAAAUUACUGCAACAAAAAAAUGUUUUAUGCACAACAAAUGUUAAAAUGGCAUUUUGUGGUUGUGUGUUGUCGUUUUUUAAAUUCUCAUUUUUUUAAUGUGACCGGAAACCGGAAAUUUGUUUGAAAAAAGUGUAAGAAGAUUGCAGUAAAUAGUGUUAAUUUUUUUCUUUUCUGCCAACCUGUUAAAUAUUUUUGAUGCUGUGGCAAUUUCGUUUUUCUACAUAAAAUAUUUGUGUUGUCAUUUUUAUUUAGUAGAUGGAGUAUAAAAUUGUGUACAAAAAAGUAAUUUGUGCCAAAUCAUCGUUUAUGUUUGAAAGAAAACAGCCAGACAACACGCGCCUUUGAAUACCUAAUAAACGUCUAUAAAAGAAGCCUAUUUUAUUGAUAUUAAAUAAUUAUAGUGUUUUUAUACAUUCCGUUAAUCAUGUUCAUUUAUUAUAUAAUUACAAAGCUUUAUUGCCAAAAAAUUAUUGUUAUUUGUUUAAAGAAAUCAUAGAAUUGUUAAAUAAAUUUGUGAAAUAUUUGUUAAUCGAAAAGGUCUUCAUCAUGGCCUGUUUUCCUCGUUUUAAAUUUCAUGCUCGCCAGAAGAAUAGUUUCACACCAGAAAAGGACGAGAAUAAGGAUACGGUGUUGAAUAAUACAGAUAGUACAGUGCAAAUUGGCCGUUAUAUACGACGUGAUGAAUCAGCAUUUUUCACGCCCAAAGCCAGUGAACGUUUAAAACCAGCUGGCCAAAGACAAAGUAUCUUAACAAGUCAUCUAAAUAAUAACAACAGAAACAGCAACAACAACAACAAUCAUGCUAAAAUAGCAGCAACAUCUCCAGCAGCAACCAUACUGGCCAAUGGUGUAAAUAAUAGUAAUAAAAAAUUCAUUACCAAAAAGCCACGUUCCAUAAACAAUGGCCAAUUAAAUACGAAUGGUUUAACAAAUGGCACAGCAGCGGCCAAUGCCAAACAUCAUCCUCAUCCUUCGCAAAGUUCACAAAAGCAAAACAAAUUAAAACCGGUCAAAGAAAGAAGACCAACAGCUUUGCCCACCGAACAACCCACAAUUGAAGGCAAUACUGCCGCGGAGCAUGCUAAUGACAAUAAGGCGAAAUUUUUUAUAGGCACCCAUGAUGAACAUGAUGAUACCGAUGAGGAGGAUGAAAGAAAAGUAUCCGAAGAGGUAUUGGUAGUUGAUUUUGCCGAGGAUUGUGUGGAUAGUAAAUAUGCUUCACCCAAUACUUCGUUUAGUUCGAAAACUUUUGAUAUUUUAAAUGCCAAAUUGCGCAACAGUAAGCUACCCAGCAAUACUAGUAAUAAACUGAGUAAAUUUACUCGUACUCCCACCAAUAACUCUACGCUAUCGUCACAACAUGAAGUGAUAUUGGAAAAAGACAUAGUAAAUAUACCACCACCACCUCCCUUGCCCCCCUCGCCUUUGGUUGUAGCUCACUCACCCUCGAUAUUGUCCCUUAAGAAUUCCAAAAGUAAACGUGGUUCAUGUGACACUGCUGCAAGUGUACAACAGCAGCCGUAUGCUGUAGCACCAUCCACACCCACCAUACAAGAAGAUGCUAUGUUGACGAGUAGAAAUUUAACGGAAACGGAAGUGCAUAAAGCAUCAACAGCAACAUCAACAGCAUCAUCAUCACUAACAGCAUCAACGCAUAACGGAUGUGCUAAAUUGCGUAAGUCUGCCAAAUUUACUUUAGACGAAGUACUUAAACAUCAAAUUGAUGAUGAUUCAACAUCACUAACAGAUGCAAAUGCAACAACAGCAACAACAAAAUCAGCGACAAGUGAUUCCACAGCACGAGAUUCUGGUGUGCAAGUAGAGGAAUCCACUCCUUCACCUAAAGACAGUGACAGUAGUGGAGAUUCUCCCAAAUCCCAUCGUGUAGAGGGAGGUUUGAUAUUCACCCGUGCCAAUUUGCCCAUUAAAAAGGAUGUACAAAUUGAAUACAUCGAAAAAGAUGAAAAAUCCCGUAAUCUCAUACGUACCGCCAUAGAGAAAAAUGAUUUUCUCAAUAACUACAUGGACAAGGAACGCAAAGAAAUGGUCAUUGAUGCCAUGGAACUGGUGCAUUUCAAACAGAAUAGUUUUAUAAUCAAUGAAAACGAUGAGGGUUCCGAAAUCUAUGUUUCCGAGGAGGGUAGUUUUGAUGUUAUCAAACAGGGUCAACUUAUUGGUAAUUUUGGACCCUGUACCGUUUUCGGAGAAUUGGCUAUAUUGUAUAAUGCCAAAAGAUUCGCUUCGAUAAGAGCGGCAACCAAUGCUAGUGUUUGGAAAAUUGAUCGUGAUAAAUUCCGCAAGAUCAUGGUUAUAUCGGGUUCAAAGGAAAGGGAGGAGAAUUUAAAUUUCCUAAGAUCGGCACCGUUUCUUAAUGAUUUGGGUGAAGAUGUUUUGGGUAAAGUGGUGGAUUUGUUGCAAAGGAAAUUCUUUGAGACUAAUACCUGCAUAGUUAAGGAGGGUGAUAUAGGCAAUGAGUUCUUUAUUAUACGGGGAGGCACGGUGACUAUUAAGAAGUUAAACGAAAAUGGUGAGGAGAGAGUGGUAGAUCGCAGAAAACGAGGAGAUUACUUUGGAGAACAGGCCUUGCUGAAUGCGGACUGUAGACAAGCCAGUGUCUAUGCUGAUGCUCCGGGCACUGAGGUUUUGAAAUUGGAUAGAGAAGCUUUUAUCAGCUACUUGGGCACCAUACCACAACUAAGAGAACUGCCCAGCGAAAGCCAGGAAUCGCGCAGUAGUGAUGGUAAUCGCAAAUCCGAAUUCGAUAAUGAAUAUGCCAAUGUGGAGUUAACAGACUUAAAGAAAAUUGCCACUUUAGGCUCGGGUGCUUUUGGCAAAGUUGAUUUAGUGUCUUAUGAUAAUAAGACGUUUGCUUUGAAGAUAAUUAAGAAAAUUGAUAUUGUUAAACAGGAUCAGAUCGAACAUGUCUAUAGUGAGAAACAUGUCAUGAUGAAAUGUCGCAGUUCUCCCUUUAUAAUAGAAUUAUUUAAAACCUUCCGCAAUGAGAAAUUUGUCUAUUUCCUAAUGGAGGCCUGCAUGGGUGGCGAUGUUUGGACGGUAAUGUCUCAGCGACGCUUUUUUGAUGAAAAGACUGCUCGUUUUAUAGCCGGUUGUGUGGUGGAAGCUUUUGACUUUUUACAUUCCCAUAAUAUUAUCUAUCGGGACUUGAAACCGGAGAAUUUAAUGUUGACCACCGAUGGUUAUUGUAAAUUGGUCGAUUUUGGUUUUGCCAAACACAUACCCACUAAUCAAAAAACUCAUACUUUUGCCGGCACCCCAGAAUAUGUGGCUCCCGAAAUUAUUUUAGACAGAGGUCAUGAUCGUUCUGUAGACUAUUGGGCUUUGGGUAUUUUGAUAUUUGAAUUGCUAGUGGGUAAGACACCCUUUAGAGGACAAAAUCAAAUCAAAAUCUAUCAACAAAUAUUGGGUGGCAUUGAUGUAGUACAAAUGCCCUCAAAAAUACCCAAAUCGGCUCAGGGUUUAAUAAAAGCUUUAUGCAAACAAUUGCCCGCCGAAAGGUUGGGCUAUCAAAGAAAGGGUAUUUUGGAUAUUAAAAGGCACAGCUGGUUCGAUAGUUUAGACUGGCAAAAGUUGCGCAAUAAACAACUGCCCUCACCCAUUAAACGCCCCAUUACCAGUAAUACCGAUUUGCAAUACUUUGGCCCCUCAGGCGUGGAAAAUGAUGUGGAUCCUCCUCCAGAAACCAGUGGUUGGGAUAUUAAUUUUUAAAUUAUGUUUUUAUUUUCUAUUUAAAUAUUUGUUAAAUUUAAGUUUAUUGUUAAAUUCCAAAGAAUUUUAAUUUUAUUUAAUUAAACUAUUGUUAUUAGCUUUAAAAUUUUAAUUAAGUAUUUUUGUAUUAUAAAAUAAUUUUU